AGAUAAAAAAAUGAUCACAAUAGAAAUUUAUUGAUUUCUAUCUGUCGUGAAUAUUACAUUUUCAAUAAAUAAUUCUGAUAUAAAUAGUAAAAUAUACAUACUUAAAAGAAAGAUUAGUGAGAGUAUGUAAAUGUAACAUACAUGCUAAGGACCAAGUGGUGAUGUAAUAUAAUUUGAUAAUAUGAAAUAAUUAUACUUUGUUUAAGCGGAUUAUAUUUUCUUACUCAAUAUUUUGAAGAUUUACUAAUACCUAAAAGAAUCGUGUAUCAUAAGAAUUUACAAUGUUAAUCUUUAAACACACGACACAAGAAUGUGUAUGUAGACUAAUUUCAUCUGCUUGUAUGUGUCAAUGCAUGUGUAUUCUCCAAGCAGGAGAGCAUGUAAGUGGGAGCCAAUGUUUGGUUGGUGUCUGUUUUCCAGUAAAUUUGCUCACCCAAGUACUUACAUUUGGUUUCAAGGAAAGAUCAGUUGGUGACUACCGGUAGUACAGUUAAGUUGUAAAGAAGUUGAAAAUGACUCUUGGAGGAAGAGUUUUUUUAUUUGUGUUUCUUUUGUAUUCCCUACCAAAAGUAUUAUUUGCAAAUGUAGCUGAUAUAGCAGGAAUUUGCCCAACUAUGAAAAUUGCUGGCAGUGUUACACAAACUGAACUUUUACAAGAAUUAACCCAUGAUUGUCGUUACGACAAAAUGGCUAGACCACCGGGUCAAAUUAAUUCUUCUGAUCCUAUAAAAGUUUAUACAAGAGUAUACAUAUAUAUACUUAGAUCAAAUAUGGCUAAAACUCUGCAAUUUGGUGUAAAUAUGAUGUUACAAUUUCGGUACGUGGAUAGACGAUUGGAAUUCUCAGAUAUUGCACCAAAUUUAACUCAAAUAUAUGGCGGAAAAGUGGCACAUGAUCUAAUUUGGACACCUUCCGUGUAUGUAGCUAACGAACGAAGUUCUGCUGUUGUGGGAAAUAGUGUUAAAGAUUUGCUGAUCUCCAUUAAUCCAUCCGGGAUGGUUGUUUUGAAUACCAGAAUGGAGGCAAUUCUUAAUUGUGGACUUCGUUUAGAAAAAUUCCCAUUUGAUGUACAGGAGUGCCCACUAGCUUUCGAAAGCUGGACAUACAAUGUACAAGAUAUGGAACUGGUUUGGGAUGAAGAUCCAAUUGUGCUUGCUGAUGAGUUACAUUUAACCGAGUAUAAACUCGUAGAAAAAUGGGUAAACCAGUCUCAAGUCUCAUAUACCACUGCACAACAGCAUUAUGGUCAUUUUGCUGGUAAUUUCAGCUCAAUUACCAUAACAUUUAAGUUAGCUCGUGAAAUGGGAUUCUUUAUGAUGGAUUAUUAUAUACCGUCCAUAUUAAUCGUUGUUAUAUCUUGGGUAUCCUUUUGGUUACACAUGGAUGCAGGUCCUCCUCGAAUUGUUUUAGGAACAAAUACGAUAUUGACAUUUAUGACUCUUGCAUCUAAAGUAGAAAAUUCUUUACCAAAGGUAUCUUAUAUAAAAGCCAGUGAGAUUUGGUUUCUUGGUUGUACGAUAUUCUUAUUCUCAGCUAUGGUUGAAUUUGCAUUCGUAAAUACGAUUUAUAGAAGAAAAAAAAAUGUGCCAUUAAAAAAGGUGAACAGCAAGUAUAUACUUAAGUCCACUUUAACUCCAAAAUUAGCAAGGAAACAAUUUCAAAAGAAUACAGUAGGUUUAGAACGAUCGCGUUCUUGGUCUUCGCUCGACAAUGGUACUGUCAGCGAACAGGAUUAUUCAAGCCAAAAUUACCUCACUGUACACAGCUUCCCGAGUACAAUCAAUAUACCUUCGGUAAAGAUCGAGGAAGAUAAGGAUCAAGAAUGUUCCGUGGGGAGCAUCAUGACGAUUGACAGUACUCCACCACCGAAACCUUUUACAAGAAGGCCGACCCUAGCACAAUUACACAAUUUCACAACUAUGACGCCCCAAGAAAUAGCUCAAUGGAUCGACCGACGAAGUAGAAUAGUCUUUCCUGUGGCGUUCAUCAUAUUUAAUAUUCUAUAUUGGUCUUUUAUUUGGAUUUAAAUAUCUAAUAUUCUUUCAUUUCCUGUAAUUGUUUUUAGAAAUACAAAGAAACGCGAAAAAUUGUUCUUCCAAAGUUGUCUCGACUUAUAAAAAUGAUGAGUCGCCGAUAAAAGGGAUUAAAAUAUGAAGUAUAAUUUGCAUUACAAAAAUAA